UAUAGUAUAAUUUAAGAUAAACCAAAAAAAAGUACUUCUAUUAUAAAGGUUCAAAAGUAAAAUAAAUUAAAUUACUUGACGAGAGAGAUCAUUAACCAUGUAUUUGCUGUAAAAAAAAACACAAAAUUAGUCAUAGGAAGCUAUAAUAUUAUAAAUUUAAAUAUUUAACACCGCAACGGUAUAGUGUAAUGGUUUAUUAUAUUUAAGAAUAUAAGCACUCUUUACUUAUGGAUGCAAAAUAUUUUAACAUUUAAAUGUGAUAAUCAUGAAAUCACAUUUAUAUAUUUAUGCCACCCUCUAUAUAAUAUAAUUAAAAUAAAAUAAUAAAAGGCAAUUUAUAACUGUUAAGAGAGUAAUAAGUCUUAAAUAAAACGCCUACAAAAUUUCCUCAUCGAACGGUCCAAGAUAAAACUUAUUUAUGAGGCAAUAUAAUUAUCAGCCGUACUCAACUGGUACUAAUGCGCAACGGCAAUCAGUGUAUGAAAAUGUACACAACAACUCGGUGCAUCCAUUACAUCAGCAGCGUUCGCAUAUUUUCUGCUUCGGACAACAGCAACAGCAACAGCGGCAGCAAAAAUUAAACGAUUUUCCGGAUCCUCAGCAAUUGCCAAUGCCAACAAUGUCACCACUGCAGCAAUUUUCCUCAUAUUCUUGGUUCCAGCAAUCGGCAACGCAACAACAUCACCAACAAACAGCACCUCUACAACAUCGGAAAUAUAUUCAUUUACAGCAGCAACAAGACUUGGCUAGAACCCCUUAUGCAAUGAAUUCUGCCGCUCCGCAACAACACCAUUACAACACAGCUGACAUAGCAAUGAAUGAUAACACAAACAGCAAUGUAACAAUUUCAAUACCGUCAUCACACCAAAGCACACAUGCUACAGCUUACCUAUCGCAUAUUGAGAAUAACCUAAACAAUAACCAUGGUUUUAACCAUAAAAGUAAUAUGUUAAAUAAAAUAAGUAACACCAAUCAACUUCAGCAGGACCAGUUACAGUCAUCACAAACACCAAUUGCUAAUAAUCGGCCUGCGCAGUUGCAACAACAACAUCCUCACCAUCAUACUGAGCAACAACAGCAGCAGCAGCAGCAAAGACACUUAACUCAUCAACAAUGCACGCAACGCUUGCAGUCCCAACAACCGUUUCAAUUACAAUGUGAACCACAAGGACAACGAGUCCGUCAAAGUGGUGGUAAUUCUAGUAAUGACAAUAAUGCGCCAAAUAAUCAGCAAUUGUUCGAAAGAAUUGUGAUUGAAAAACCGCAACGGCAACUAUCUGAGGCAGUUACUAACAAUUGUUCCUCUUUUCCGGUCAAUUUGCCCUCAGCGCCGGGUAAUAGUGGCGAAUGUAAUAUCAAUGAUGUGAAUAGGAAUACCGACUCCGGCAACAAGGCUGCCGAAUGUCGAUUCUCGAUGGAUGCUUAUGAAAUCGCAAAUUUUCUAGCUAAUGAGCUUUUUAUGCAGCAGCUCGUGUCAGUAGACGGCAUUCAAAGUGGUGUACCCACGUUAACCACAUCUACAUUAACACCGACUACAUUACGCAGCAUCGAAGAAACAUUCAUACAGUUGACAGCAGAUCACUCAAAUCCGCCCUGUCAGGCAGGUUUUAUACCACCACCAGUUACUUCCAUUCAGAAUUCUCCUAGCCCUAUAUUCAGCGGUGCUAUACAAAAUUACAAUGAGAUUGAUAUGGAUGAUUCACAAGCGUCCUGGAACUCACAACUUCAAGAUGAUAAUUCACAGGCGACAACAGAUAAUUCAAGCGCCUCAUUCCCUAAUGGACUCAAUGGCACCAGCAAUGCUUCACUCGCUACCUCAACAACUUCGUCAAAAAAUGAUUUCACCAUGCUACAUAACGCCAUCGGGUCAGAUACUGGCAAACAUUCUGGAAAUCUAUUGCUCACAAAUUCUCCCAACAGCAGUAAAGUGCAUACCUCGAGCAGUGCCACAAACACGACAAUUACAGCCACUCCGACGCGUCGUAAUCAAGGUGGUCGCCGCCCUACUAAACCGACUAAUAUGUCUCCCGAAGAGGAGGAAAAACGACGCAUACGCCGUGAACGUAACAAAUUGGCUGCAGCUCGUUGUAGAAAGCGUCGGGUUGAUCAAACUAAUGAACUACAAACAGAAGUAGACCGGUUGGAAAAUAUACGGGAGUCACUAACAAAAGAAAUUGAGAACCUUAAAGUUACCAAAAACCAAUUGGCUUUUAUUUUAGAAGCGCAUCGACCUACGUGCCAAAAGGUAAGGCAAGACUUAUUGAGCGUGCACACCUAUGAUGGAUUGAUCGCACCAACGAAUGGCAAUAGUAAUGACAGUAAUAGCAAUAUUAUUGGAGUAGAUACCACACUGUCGUCUGUAGGGCGAAGUGGAUCACCCAUCGAUCUUAAACCUGUCAUUUUGGAUAUGGUGUCUCACAUUAAGAAUGAACCUCUAGACAAUACGCUGGAUUCGAAUUCAUCACUAGGCCAUGAUGGUCCUCCAUCACCCAAGCGCAUGCUACUAUCUGAUAACAAUCCGAUGGUGCAACCACCAUUGCCGAAUGUUUCGACAUUAUCUGCUUCAUUGGCUGCGGCAUCCGCAUCUUUAAACACACCAAUUGUGACGGCGGCACCGGUUAGCUUUUCUAGUCUUGUUUCCGGCAACAGUAUUUCGAACAGUAAUAUUAAUAACAUAGUAAAUAGUAUUGCAAUUAGUAACACUAUUUCAGGCACAUUGAGUGCCCCACAUAGACCAAUACUGAGUGGUGGUAAACAGCGCCCUAACUCUCUACCUACAAAUUUACGUAACCAAGCACAAAAUCUCGCUUUAAAUACAGAACGUCCUCCAACUGACAUCAAUGGCGUUGCCAUACAAACCCCCUCGACAGGCAUGUUCAACUUCGACUCUUUGAUGGAUGGUGGCACUGGAUUGACUCCUGUUUCAGGUCCACUGGUGCCAAAUUGCUCCACACAAAACAAACAUCCGUUAGAAAUUCAAACACCUACAAGUGAGCCAUCGAAAUUGGUUAGCUUAUAACAAUAGAAAUGGCAAUUGUUAUGAAACAGAACAAGAGUCUGGUACAAAAGACGACGGAUAGAUGAGGUUAGAAGUAAGAAUGGCAUAGUUAAGAUACACCAGUCAAAUAUUUACAAAAUUUCAAUGAGUAUUGUGGUAUUGUAUUAGUGAGACCUAAAAAUUCUUACAGCCUUAAACAGACAAAAACAAAGACACGAAAAAUCCUUAUAAUAAUAAUAUUUAUACAAACAUUAAAAUAUUUAAGUAUGUAUGUAUUGAAUAAAUGCAGUGCAUGCGCAUGUUACGGAUGCCAUAAAGAAGAUUAAUGUAUGAUUUCUAUAUAUACAUAUAGAUGUAUGUAAAUAUAUUA